AUGAGUGCGUUUAAUUUUGGAGGCACUGGGGCCCCCACAGGCGGGUUCACAUUUGGUGCUGCAAAGACGGCGACAACCACGCCUGCUACUGGGUUUUCUUUCUCUACAUCUGGCACUGGUGGGUUUAAUUUUGGGACUCCCUCCCAACCGGCCGCAAGCACCCCUUCUAGUGGCCUAUUCUCGUUCACGACCCAAGCUCCAGCAACACAGACCCCAGGAUUCAGCUUUGGAACCACAACUCCUGCUACAGGAGGAACUGGAUUUUCCUUAGGGAUCAGCGCGCCAAAGCUCAACUUGAGCAGUGCAGCGGCCACCCCGGCCCCGGCCCCGGCCCCGGCCCCAGCCCCCACUGGCGGCUUUGGGCUCGGCAGCAGCUCCCUCACCAGUGCGAUCUCGAGCGCUGUCACCUCCGGCCAGAGCACAGCCCCCACCGGCUUCGUGUUCGGCUCCACCACCACCUCUGCCGCCUCGUCCACCGCACCAGGAGGGUUCUCAUUCACAGGGGGAGGCACGACCCAGACCGGGGCCUCAGGUUUCAAUAUUGGCUCAAUGGGGACGUCGACCCAGCCCACGGCCCUUGCCGGAUUGCCCUUCACUCCCGCCACUCCGGCUGCCACCGGAGCGGGAGCGACCCAGCCAGCUGCUCCUGCCCCUGCUGCUGCCACCACCAGCGCUGGGCCCACACUGUUCACCUCACUAGCCACUGCUCAAACCUCGUCCACCGCCACUGGGCUUUCCCUUUGUACCCCUUCGACGACGGCCGGAACUCCCGGGGCUGGAACGCUGGGCUUCAGCUUAAAGGCCCCUGGAGCAGCUCCUACUGCCUCCACAACAACAUCCACCACCACUGCCGCCACCACCGCCGCCACCACCACUGCAUCCACCACCACCACUGGCUUCGCCUUGAAUCUGAAGCCACUGGCACCAGCCGGGAUCGCCAGCAAUGCACCAGCUGCUGUGGCCGCACCACCUGGCCCCAGUGGCAGCACUGGGGCAUCUGCCAGCCCUGUGAUGACCUACGCCCAGCUGGAGAGUCUGAUCAACAAGUGGAGUCUGGAGCUGGAGGACCAGGAGCGGCACUUCCUGCAGCAGGCCACACAGGUCAAUGCCUGGGACCGCACACUGAUCGAGAAUGGGGAGAAGAUCACUACCCUCCACCGUGAGGUGGAGAAAGUGAAGCUGGACCAGAAGAGGCUGGACCAAGAGCUCGACUUCAUCCUGUCUCAGCAGAAGGAGCUGGAAGACCUGCUGAGCCCUCUGGAGGAGUCGGUCAAGGAGCAGAGUGGCACCGUCUACCUGCAGCAUGCCGACGAGGAGCGUGAGAAAACCUACAAGCUGGCUGAGAACAUCGACGCCCAGCUGAAGCGCAUGGCCCAAGACCUCAAGGACAUCAUCGAGCACCUGAACACAUCUGGAGGUCCGGCCGACACCAGCGACCCGCUGCAGCAGAUCUGCAAGAUCCUCAACGCACACAUGGACUCACUGCAGUGGAUCGACCAGAACUCGGCCCUGCUGCAGAGGAAGGUGGAGGAGGUGACCAAGGUGUGCGAGGGACGUCGCAAGGAGCAGGAGCGCAGUUUCCGGAUCACAUUCGACUGAGUUGCCAGCCAUCUUCAGGGCCUGUGCGUUCCCAGGGUGUUGGGGGCAGUGGGGGACGUGCAAUUACUGUCUAGUUUUUGGUUGCAGUGAAUACUUGUUUGUUCCUUUCUUUCAAAUGACAGUGCCGUUGAGAACAGUUC